CUGAAAAUAACGGCGACGAGGGCUUGAACAUCUUGACUGUAAGACACGGAGCACAGCGCUGAGCGAAUGGUCCCUGUGACGAUGAAAUCUCGCAGGUGGUGACCAGCCGGCGGACACGGAAAAUCCCGUUCGAGGUGUGGAAGUGGUUGGUCCGUGCGCGCCAACCUCCGCGGCGGCGCAACAAAAUCCAAGAAACCAGUGAUCUUUCAACAGCCUUCACGCCGUUCAUCCGGCCUUCUUCAAUCGCUUUUCGCUCAUUCCUCUGCAUGCCCAUCUGUGGCAUACAUAUAUGCUCUUGCUGCGCCAUUCGUUUCUGUGAUUUUGUGCAUAUUUCGUAUGGAGAUCUUAUAGAGCUUCGACACAAUGUCGCGACAAUCAGAUACUGGUGCCACGGGCGAAAGUCCCUCGGCUUUCUGGAGGGGCCUUUCGUCAACAACGAUCGUGGGAGUUGCUGCGCUAUGUCGGUCCUUCCUGUAUGCGUGCAGUCGGCCUGAGACUCACGGUCUCGAGCCUUUUCUGGAGCUUCUUGACUCGAGGAAGGAUCCGUCGCAAAGGACCAAGGGACUACUUACUGUAUCGAACCAUAUUAGCGUAAUGGAUGAUCCCCUGAUGUGGGGAUUUCUCCCUUUGAAAUACCAAUUCGGGCUCUCCUCAUCAAACAGGAGAUGGGGGCUUGCUAGCCAUGAUAUCUGCUACCAGACUCGACCGUUGGCGCUAUUCUUCACAAUGGGCCAGCUUCUACCUACUCAUAGAUCCGCUCACUCACAGUACGGAGGUAUCGCGCAACCAGCCGUGACACAGGCAAUCCGACUCCUGUCGAAAGGACCUUUCGCCCCCGAACCACACCUCGCGCUCCCGGAACGACAAAGCUGGAGCUUGCAAAAUGUCUGCGUUGACCCGUUCUCGGACCUCCCUACGGCUUACACAACGGACGGACACGAUUCCCACCUCGCGCCGUCCGCAUUUGCAUGCAACUCGUAUUCCUGGGUCCAUAUCUUCCCAGAGGGAAAGAUUCACCAAGCCCCGAGCAAGACUAUGCGGUACUUCAAGUGGGGUGUUGCUCGACUGAUACUGGAGGCUAGCGAGUGCCCGGAUGUCGUCCCAAUAUGGCUAGAAGGAUUCGAUCAUGUCAUGCACGAGAGCCGCGAGUUCCCCCGGUUUCUUCCACGACCAGGGAAGGAGGUUAGCGUUACCUUUGGGCAGAAGGUGGACACAGAUGCGGUAUUUGGAGAAUACAGGAGCCGAUGGGAGAAGCUUAAGGUGAAGGCUGAGAAAGCUGCACCUGAGACUCGCGACCUCCCGCUUGGUGCGCUAAAUGAUGAGCUGCUGUACGGCGCCGAAGCCGUCCAGCUGCGAAAGGAAGUCACGAAGAAGGUUAGAGAUCUUGUGCUAGAAGUACGACGCUCCAGAGGCCUGUCCGACGAAGAUCCCAAGGCGGGACUCGUAGAAACAUGGAUGGAAGAAGGGCCAAAGCGUGAGGGGAAGAUGGCGGACGAAUCGUGGGUUCGGGAUGUAUGAGCGGCCGCCGGAUAUACUGUAAAUUAAGAGGGACCAAAAUAGACCUAUGUACAUGUACACAAUGAGAAUCAAUUGUAUGAAGCCAGUGAGUCAAGUUAGGCGACAGUGUGUCAUAAAUAACGGGGGC